GGAGAGAGAAUUCCGAGAAGGAAGGAAAUAACCCGGAACAACCUGUGCGGGCCUGAGCCUGCCCUCUUUUGCAGCUGGGGUCCCCUCCCACCUAUCAGGAGAGCUCCACGCCCCCACUCCCCGCCGACGCCGGGGUAUCAGGUGACCGCAGGCCGGCGCAGUCACGUGGCUAGGCGCGCCCGCCCGUUGUGGCCAUGGCCGCCUCAGGCUCCAGUGUGGUGAGGCGAGUGGAGGAGCUCGGGGACCUGGCUCAGGCCCACAUACAACAACUUAGUGAAGCCGCCGGCGAAGAUGAUCACUUUUUAAUUCGGGCCUCUGCAGCUCUAGAAAAAUUGAAACUUCUGUGUGGAGAAGACAAAGAAUGUUCAAAUCCAUCAAAUCUUCUUGAACUUUACACACAGGCUAUUUUGGACAUGACGUAUUUUGAGGAGAACAAGCUAGUAGAUGAAGAUUUUCCUGAAGAUUCUUCACAAAAAGUAAAAGAGUUGAUCAGUUUUCUUUCAGAACCAGAAAUUUUGGUUAAAGAAAAUAAUAUGCAUCCAAAACACUGCGAUUUGCUUGGGGAUGAACUCCUGGAAUGUCUCUCUUGGAGACGAGGAGCCCUACUCUACAUGUAUUGUCAUUCUCUGACCAAAAGGAGAGAAUGGCUCACAAGAAAAUCUAGCUUGCUUAAAAAGUACCUUGUUGAUGGAAUCAGUUACUUGCUACAGAUGCUGAAUUUUCGGUGUCCCAUCCAGUUAAAUGAAGGAGUUUCUUUCCAAGACCUAGACACAGCUAAAUUACUGAGUGAAGGAAUAUUUAGUGACAUUCAUUUGCUGGCUAUGAUGUACAGUGGAGAAAUGUGUUACUGGGGAUUGAAGCAUUGUGCAGAUCAACAGCCAGAAAAUCAUGAAGUGGAUACUGCUGUUUCUGGAGCAAGCUACACUACACACAAAGAACCUUUGGAUUUCCGAGAAGUAGGAGAAAAAAUUUUGAAAAAGUAUGUAUCUGUGUGCGAAGGACCCCUGAAAGAACAAGAAUGGAAUACAACAAAUGCAAAACAAAUUUUAAACUUCUUUCAGCAUCACACUAACUAGUAAGUUCAUCUAGUCCUUUUCAAACAGAAAAACAAAAAGGCUCAGGAAAUGGAAGUUCCAGAAAAGAAGAUAUAUUGAUACUGAAUUUAGGAAUAUUACACUACAUAAAAAUAGCCAGCAUGGUUACCCUUUUUUAAAUGCCAUCACCAUCUUUCACUAUAUAUUCUUUUUUUUUUUUUUAAGAUUUUUUUUGAUGUGGACCAUUUUUAAAGUCUUUACUGAAUUUAUUACAUUAUUGCUUCUAUGUUUUGGUUUUUUGGCCGUGAGCCAUGUGGGAUCUUGGCUUCCCGACCAGGGAUCGAACCUGCACCCCCUUCAUUGGAAGGCAAAGUCUUAACCGCUGGACCGCCAGGGAAGUCCCUCACUAUAUAUUCUUAAACCUGUGAAGGAAUGAUUCUUUAAUUUCUAAAAUGGCAUUUAUGUUAUUCUAACUCACUCUGAACUACAGAUAUCCUGUAACUAAUACUAAGGAGAAAUCCAAUUUAUCUCUAUAAAGAUUUUUUUUCUAUUACUUUAGAUUUUUUUUUAUUGUGGUACAAUAUACAUAACAUAAAAUUGAACAUUUUACCUGUUUUUAGAUUAUUUUUUAAUCUCCCUGUCUUGAAGUUUGCUACACUUCAGAGAUUAAAAUCGUCCCGUCUUUCCUUUGUAUAUAUGCUAUAGACAUAAAAAUUGGCAAAAUGAAAAAUUGUGACUAAUAUCCAUGUACCAUUUCCAGAAUAAGAUAAAUAAUGGAAGACUCCACAAAAGAAUUUUUGUUUGUUUCACCACGUACUAAUGGCAUUUAAAAUUUUUAGUCUAUUAGGCAUUUUAUAAAAAUUUCAAAAUGAUUUUCCUAUUUUGUUUAAAAGAAUAUGCAUGGUUUAUUAAAUGAGUAAUGAAGAUGAAACCAAGUUAGGUUAGUCCGCCAUUAGUCUUAUGUCUUUAGAGCACAUCUUUUCAUGUUUUGAAAUUUUAAUAGUUUUUGUCUUUAAUUGUAGGAGUGAGUGUUAAAGGCCAAGAGCCCAACCUGGUAUCUUGCUGACAGUCUUUCUGUCUACCUCAGUUCCUGUUGUCGUCUUGGGGUGAUCUGUCUGAUACCUUGCCAAUAUCCUUCACCUCUGGGCCAUUGACUUCAUCACAUUCCAGGAACUUAACUCCCACGGCCUCAACAUGAAUAUCACCAUCCUGAGUUUCUCUUUCUGAAAUCUUAAAUUUCAAUAGCUAGUGACAUUCUUAUCUUUCCAGUUUUUUACUUCCUCAUUUUGAUUGAUUCUUCUCUCUUUCAUUUCUUUUCUAUCUCUUUAGCUUCCUCAUAGCCUCCUCCUCUUGCUGCCCCCCCUUUUCUCCUCACCAUCAGCCUCUUUCAGAUUUUCUUCCUUCCCUGUCCAGCCUUGGCCUUAUGGGGCACCAUAUGACGUGCUCUCCACAGUCCCUUCAAAUCCAUCGUCCCCUGGUCUUUCAACAUAAUCAUUCUGCAGUCCCUCAACAUUGAAUUAAUCCUAUCGUUCUACCUUCUUUUUUGGCAUGCUGAGUUCCAUGUGAAGUUCCUGCAGCUCCUUUAAAGCGGAAUCACUCUAAGUAUCUUGCCUUCAGCUUUAGAAGAGCCCUCAGCGUGAGCCUUUUGUCUGUUACUAGUGUGGCCCCUGUCCCUUUCCCACUGUGGCUAAUCCAAACCUCUGACUUGCCUCAUCACUUUCCUCUGGCCCUUUGUCCCCUCCCCUAGCACAUGGCUCUUGGUCCUGUCUUACAGAAAAUAGAGACUAUGAGGAGGUCAGUGUCUGCUUACCCGCUUUGCCCUACUCAUUUUCCCCCUUUUUAGAGGAGAAGAGGUAUCCUGCUUCAUGUUGAAGACUAGUCUGCACGUUUCCUCUCUGCCGGCUCCCUCAUUUCCCCUGGGGCUUCUCUUUUUUUCUGCCAAUAUCCUGUACUUAUUGCUCUUUUCCAGAAUACUUUUUUUUUUUUUCCUCCCUCUUCUCCCCUUUUUCCUUCCUUCCUUACUUUCUUUCUCCCUUUUUUCUUUUUUACUUACUCUAAAUACAGUUGACCCUUGAACAACACAGGUUUGAACUACGUGGGUCUACUUAUACGUGGGAUUUUUUCAGUAGUAAAUACUACAGUACUACACGAUCAGCGGUUGGUUGCAUCUCCGGAUACAGAGGAAUCGCGGAUAUGGAGGGCUGACUAAAAGUUAUACUCAGAUUUUUGACUGCCAGGAGGAUUGCACCCCUAACCCCCUCAUUGUUCAAGGGUCGGCUGUACUUUUAUGUGAUGUCAUUGAUAGCCAUGGCUUCUAUCACCUGUAAUGUAGGCUGACUCCCAAACCUGUAGCUUGAAUCCCAGCUUCUGCUCUCUAAACCUUUCUAAAUGCCUAUUAAAUAUCUUCACAUAGACAUCCCGUAGUAAUUUUAAAUUUGAUAUGUUCAAACAACUAAUCCUUACUUUUCAUCUAAAAUCUUUUCCGGUUCACGUUUUCUCUUUUUUCGAUCUUCCACGAAGCAGGGCAACACAGAAUGCUGUAACCUACUUUCUUCUGCCUACCUUGCCAGCCUCGUCUCUGCAGCUCUUCCUGUGUGAUCAUAUUCUAGUCCAGUGUUCCUUAGUCUCAUUUUUGAUCAACAUUCUGAUGGAGCUGCUUGGGACAAGGAGAGUCUCUCCCUAUCUCUGCCUUUGUCUCCUUGUUUAUCCUUACACAGCUAAGAAGAUUUUUAUUUAACUUAGCUUUUACAAGUUUUGCUAUGAAAAUACCUUCGUGCUUUCUAAGUGUAAAGGUUUAAAUCACAGACUGCCCACCCUCACCCCACCCUUUCUGGAGAAUCAUGAUCAAUCACACGUGUACUAGUUCCUUCCCCAAUGUGCCGUGUGUUUUUUUCCCUGAAUAUCCUCGUUACUUCUGGCUGGAACACUUUGCCCUUCUUUGUAGUCAAGUGAAUACCUAUUUAUCCUUCAGGACUCAGCUCCAGUGAUAUUGGAUCCAUAAGGCUUUUUCCAGCCCUUUUCAGUCAACGUCACAUGUUACUCUGCUUCUUCUCCCUGAAACUUCCCCAACCCAUGUUAUCACACUGAUCACAUUGCUUCAUAGUCAUUUUUCUUAUGAGUUGGCAAACUCCAUAUUUUAAAAAUUUAUCUUUAUGCAUAGUGCUUAAUGAAUGGUAAGCCCUUGGUAAUGUUUUUUGAAUUAAUAAGAGGCAUGAUUCUUAAGUGCCGAAGUCUGCCCCAAAAGGGUUACUGCUCUUGGAUUCCAAACUGCCGUGACCUCUGUACCAGUGGUUGACAAGGCCAAGAGAGAAUUACUCCUCAGAGGAGUAAAGUAUUAUUUAGAUCUAGGACCAGAGAAAAGUAGAGAGCUUUCUCUUCAGAAGCUGGGAACUCCAUUUUGUCUUCAUGACCUUGUGAACCACUUGGGUCUCUCACUGGUUGGUACACUAAUGGCGGUACUGUUGGGUGCUUUUCAUACAACUUUUUCAUCCCCCACACAAUUGGAGAAUAAUUCGUAGACCAUAACAGUUACAAUGCUUUUUACUGUGAUGUAUUAACAAAACAAUGGGCAGUACAUUUUUGUAUGUGUUAAAGCCUGCUAUGUAAGUUCUGUUCCAUUUAGAAUGGAUUAACUUCAAGAUACCAAAUACUCCACAUAAGGAAAGUACUAUAAUUACUAUAAUUCACUCAUCAACAACUAUUAUGUGCCUAUUACAUGCUAGGUUUUAUCCUAGGCACUGAGUAUAUAGCUUUGUAAAAAACACUGGAGUUUGUUUUCUAGUGGAGGAAGUUAACGCAUUUUAAGAAAUAAAUGUGUAGCUUGGUGAGUGAUGAGUGCUAGGAAGAAUAAAGCAGGGCAUGGGGCUAGUGUGACUCGAGAGGGGUGCUGUUUUAUUUAGGGUGGUUGGGAAGGCACCUCUAAGCACCUGUCUACUUCAGCAUUUGGGUCUACCCCUCUGGUUGAAUACUAUUCAAUGUGCCGUUGCACAUUCAGUAUAUUCAUGAAGUUUCUCUUUCUUAUGGAAGUUUUGAUGCUGAAUUAAACAAUGAAUCACUACCUAAGAAAUUCUCAUUUUGAUCCCAUUUAAAGGGUUUCUCUCCAGUGUGGGCCUUACUAAUGGGUAAGUGAUAACCUAAAGACCUUGUAGCAUUUAUUACACUUGGAGUUUCUCUCCAUUUUGAACUCUGUGAUGGUUACUAAAACUUAAACUCUGUUAAAGGAUUUUUCAUAAUCCUUAAAUUUGUAUGGUUCUUUUCCACUAUGAAUUUUCUCAUGUUAUCUAGGCUUUGAGACUUAGUUAAAGGCUUGUCUGCUUUGCUGCAUUUAUAGGGUUUCUGGCUACUGUGAAUUGUUUGAUGCUGAUUAAGGUCCAGAUCAUGAGUGAAGACUUUCCCUUAUUUGUUUGCAUACAGUAGAGUGAGGUGAGAGUCAUUGGCUAAAACCCCACAAUAAAAUUUACAUUCCUGCCUUUACAAUCAAUCCCACUGGGAAUUCUCUGAUGUUCAUUAAAGUGGGAGAUUCAUUUUAAUGCCAUUUUUAAAAAACCCACAGCUGGCUUAUAUGCUAGUUUUAGAUUGCUUGUCACUCUUCUCUCUCCACCUUCCAGGGCUCCUUUUCUGACUCCCAUAAGGAUACCCCUUCUGCCACAGAAUACAGGAUUCCAUAGUUCUCUAGUAUCACCUCCUUGUAUUAUUUUUUUUUAACACAAUAUGAGCUAUCAUGUUAUGGAAGUAUUACAUUAACAUACAUUUAAUGUAUCCACAGUUAAAAUAUGCAUUAUGUAUUCGUGCUGCUGUUGCUUACUGUUUUUAGUUUUCCUACUUCUAGUGAAAAUUUCCAACUAAAAUGUUUUGGAGCAUAUAAAAUUUUUUUAAAAAAAUAAAACCAUAGUCCCAUA